AUGAACGAGAAACUAUUGGCCCAUCAUACGAAACUGUUUGAUUGGUUUGAACUGGAUAAAAUAGCUAAAGAUAAUUUAUCCAUCGAAAAAAGUUAUAUGACGCCAAUAAAAGCCAAUGCUGUUAAUUCCUGGAGCGAUGAUAGUUUAACAUCGGAAGAAUUGCCAGAAGUUAUCCCCCCUGUUCGUACAUAUAAACCUCAUAUAUCGAUGCGUUCCGAUUCGAAUCAACUAUUGAACUAUCUAACAGUAGAUGAUUGUAGAGUUGCUGCGAGAUACAAGCCUCGGCACGAUAUUAACUAUAUCGCUACGUAUGACGAAGAGAAGGCUAUAGACGGUUCAACGAGACUUCCUGAUGAUUCCGGCUGCUCUGAAGAGACAACAGAACUUCCAAUGAAAAUGAGUACAGGGUCCGUGCUGACGACUUUAUCAUCACUAAAAGAACAAGAUCAAAUGUUCCGAGCGUUGUUAAAAAAGAAAAGAAAAUUAGAAGCUGUAAAAUCGAGUAGUUAUCAUCGAAUUAUAAACAAUUUAGAAACAAAACAUAAACUACCUGAAGCUGAUAAAUUAAACCUGGAAAUAGGAGCGGAAUUUAAACGAGGUAGCCAUUUUUAUCGGAAAAUUAAUUCAGCCUUGCAUAAAAAGAUUGAUAAACUAGUGAACGCUAAAAAGGAGAACAUGCGAGGAAUGAUCGUGUGA